CCUUUGACUCGCCAACAUCAACUUGCUUUGUGAUCCGGUCCAGCUGGAUUAAAUUAAUUGAUUAAUUCGCACAAGAUGCAUCGAUUUCAUUUCAAGAGAAUGGGACUAUCCGCCGCUGGAUUAUUCCUCACUUCUGCCGUUUUCCUUUACUGGAAUGAAAUGAACAACCAGCAGCUUAUAUUCAAUCAACCCAAACCAUUAAGUCAACAAUCUGAAGAGGUCACUGGAAAAAUAGCCGCAAAUGUCAAUAUGAAAAUGACAACAAUCAAAAGUACAACAGUGAAACAGCUGGAGACUCUCAAAAUCGUCCUGUACUGGAACACAUUUUUUAAUCAAACGGACAUGACGUUCGGAUUCGGCCGGCAGCCGUUCAUCGACGCCGGAUGUGAAAUCAGCAACUGCAUCGCCACCAACGACCGCAGUUUAUUCAAUCGCAGCGACGGGGUCAUCAUUCACGCCGGCGAUUAUUUAGAACACGACCUGCCGGCUUAUCGAUUACCGCAUCAGCGGUUCAUUUUCAACAACUACGAAACACUUCCGGGCGGCAAUGGGCUUCCGUGUUUUUCACGUCCGCAUUUCUACAACUGGACGAUGACUCACAGGCGGGACUCGGAUGUUUAUGUCAACAGGCACUACGGUGCCCUCAGACGGCGCAAAGAUAAGGAAAUUGUCAACCAACUUCCACCCAAAUUAACGGCCGGACAACGUCCACCAAAACCGGAAGAUUUGUUCACUCGAAAAUAUCCGGAAUUGGCCAAAAGGACAAAGUUGGUGGCCUGGUUCAAUUCGCAUUGCCCAACUCACAGCCAACGGGAAGAUUACGUCAAGAAAUUGGCCGAAUUUAUUCCGGUGGAUAUUUACGGCAAAUGCGGAUCGCUCGAAUGUUUGCCACGAAACGAUCCUCGUUGCGAUACAAAAGUCCUGGUGAAUUAUCGAUUUUAUUUGGCGGCUGAGAAUUCCCUGUGCCCCGAUUACGUCACGGAAAAGUUUUAUCGGGCGCUGAUGAACGACAUCGUCCCCGUCGUUUUCGGCGGAGCCGAUUACGCCCAAUACGCCCCGCCCAAUUCUUACGUCAACAUUGCCGAUUUCAAAUCGCCAAAGCAACUGGCCGAGUACCUGCUCCUCCUGGCCAACAACGACGCCCUGUACAGCAAAUAUUUCGACUGGAAAAAAGAUUACGAAGUGAUCAAUCGACCACUGGACGGCUGGUGCGAUUUGUGCGCUAAAUUAAACGACGAGUCCCUACCCAGAAAGAGUUACAGCAACAUCGGCAUGUGGUGGUACGAUCUAGUCCCUUGUUAUGCGGGUACAACGUAUUUAAACUCGAUUCAAUCUUUUUCAACCGUGUAAAAGUCUUUUAUAUACGCUGAUAUUACCGACGAGUUCUCUUGCCAAA